AUGCUUGACAGCAAGCUUAAUUAUGGAGAGCAUAUAAUCAGGGUAGCCGACAAGGCGGUAAAAGUAGUAGCCUCGCGUGGCACACUCAUGGCAAACGUCAACGGGCCCCGGCCGUGCAUGAGGCGACUACUGAUGCGUGCCGCCGAAGCAGUGAUGCUGUACGGUGCGGAAGUAUUGGUCGAUGCGCUGCGAAAAGAGAAAUAUCGUAAGCGCAUAGCCGCGGUACAGAGGAGGGGCACCCUCCGAAUCGCGUGCUCCUACCGCAUGGUCUCAGAGCCGGCAGUGCUAGUUGUCGGCGGAGUAAUCCCGAUCGAUCUAUUAGCCCAGGAGAGGAAAUUCGUCCACCAGCAAAGGUGUGUCUGGGAAAGGAGGAGGCAUCAAGGCUCGCCAGGUCUAUCAGCAUCAAGACCUGGCAAAGUAGAUGGGAGCAGAUACGUAGGGGCAGAUGGACUUCCCGACUCAUUAGUCAGCUAG